GCCCAGCGAGCGAGGUAGCUUCGACGAGUACGGCGGUAGCGCGGUUGGAGGAGGCGAAAGAGGAGGGCGACGAGUGGACGAAGCAUCGCAGGCGAGUGGAAGCUGCCUUUGGACCAGCAUAUGUGGUUCCCAGACGAACAAACGCUUCGCCCAGACCAAUCGUGGAACUACGUGAGGUCAGGCUUGACCGAAUUGCCAGCCAAUGCAGUGCGCAAUCGAUCCCUCGAGACGCGCUUUGCAGAAUACCCUCGACUGCGUCACCUCCUCGACCUCAAGCGCGAUCUCAUCAAUGCUUCUGCUAUUCCGCCGACGUACCUCUGCGCAGACCUGCGUGACACGCUGGGUCCACCACCACCAGUCAAGGCUGCGCAGUCGCCCAGCUCGCCCUUCCACCUCGCAACCCUAAUGCCAGUCAAGUACGACGUAGUCCUCAUCGAUCCUCCGCUGAACUGCUAUGAAUGGUCCUCAGUCCCGAGCUCGAACAACUCUGAAUCCACCAAAACCUGGUCCUGGUCCCAAAUCAGCGAGCUGCCCAUCUCACUCUUGGCCGCGAAAGAGAGCUUCGUCUUCCUCUGGGUCGGCCCCUCCAGCUCCGAUGGUCUAGAGCGGGGACGCGAGACGCUCGCUCGAUGGGGGUACAGGCGAUGCGAAGUCAUUACGUGGUGUCUUACUAGCCCGGAGGGUCAGCCUGCUCCUCGAAUCGCGGGCAAGGGAGGAGGCGUAUUCGCUACGAGUGCCGUGCAUUGCUUGAUGGGAAUGAGGGGAACAGUCCGCCGCAGUAAAGACGGCAACUACGUGCACUGCAAUGUGGACACGGACGUCCUCUUCUGGGACGGCUCCUCCUCCCUUCCAGGCGGGCAGGGCCCCAUAGAUCUUCGUCUCAAACCCCCUGAGCUUUACAACAUCAUCGAGAACUUCUGCCAGGGCACGCGCCGAAUCGAGCUCUUUGGGACCAAUCGAAACCUGAGGCCUGGAUGGCUUACGGUAGGGCAUGCGGCAGCCCUCGGGCCUGAUGCACCGGGAUGGCAGGGGCAUGGCGAGGAGUACGAGAAAACGCGCUAUGAUGCGAGGUUCAAGGUGGAUCCCGUGGGAUGCCCGCUCGGGGAGAGAAGGAACGUCGUGCCCUUCAGUGAGGCGGUCGAUUCGCUGAGGCCGAAGACUCCGCCGGGGAAUCCGGUGCGUGAGCAGCAUGCGCAGGCGUGCCCGGGUGGAGAGACGGAGCCAGGGAUGGCCGCAUUGAGCCUCUCGCCGGCGGGACCUCGACGAGACGAGGAACACGCUCAUCUACCCCGCGGCUUGGGUGUGGGGCCAAGGCGUAACAUGCAAGCUUCACCGUACGGUACUGGUGCGCCCUCCUCGCCCGACGUCCCCUUCUCCACCGCCUCGCCGCACAACAGCAACAGCAAUAACUCCAGCACUGCCAUCCCGUACCCCUAUGUCUCCACCGGUACCGUUAUCUCAGCCGGCGCGCACGCGCACGCAACGACGGGGCUGGGAGCCGGCGGCCCUGUGCGCGUGAGCGUGGAGAGCGGGAGUGAGACGCUCAGUGGGCCUCAGAGGAGUGCGAUUGGCAUUGGCAUGGGAUGGAGGGAGCGACAGCAGCAGAGGGGCAGAGGAGGCGGCGGAGGAGGAGGGAGAGGGAGAGGGCGAGCAGCUUGAUCACACGACGAGAUGCACAUCACACGGUCGAUCGAGUUGAGCGAUUUCUGCCCUGCAUUGCAAGACGAGGCUACGCGUGACGCGCUACACGCUACGCGACGGACAGCUUGGAGUAGCUCGGCGGGCUCAGCCUAUUCUGCGCU